ACCUCUCUCCUUUUUGUCUCUUCCUCUCCUCUUUACUGUAUCUUUCUCUCUGUCCCUCUAUUUAUACAUCCCCCUUUCUCCUGUCUCUAGAAAAUCAUCAUCAAAGAGAUUAAGAAAAAUAUAGACUACUAUUACUAUACUAUGUCCCCAGCAGGUUCACCAAGAUGGAGCCCUACCACAGAACAGCUCAUGAUCUUGGAGGAACUGUACAGGAGUGGCAUUAGAACUCCUAGUGCAUCUCAAAUUCAGCAAAUUACUACACACCUUUCUUUCUAUGGCAGGAUAGAAGGAAAGAAUGUGUUCUACUGGUUUCAGAACCACAAGGCUAGGGAUAGACAGAAGCUCAGAAGGAAACUCACCAAGCAACUGCAGCUACAGCAGCAACAACAACAACAGCUCCAACUCCACCAUCAUUGCCCAAAACUCAAUCAAGAUCAUUUCACUAACCAUUUUGUUGGUAACUUUGGUUAUAGCACUCUUCGUUCUACUACCCACGAUUUUCCCUUUUUUAACCCACCUAGCUUGCUUUUUCAGGGAGGUGCUGCGAACACAUCGUCAGAACAAGCAUUGAGUUGCAAAUGGAAUGUGCAUAACCCUCAAAGUAAUUUGGUGGAGAGUAAAGAGAUGGCAUUCUGCAACUAUGGUUGGACACUUGUGGAUGUUGAUAAUAAUCAAGCAUCUUCAUGUUGCACCACUCGACCUGUCAAGACUCUUGAUCUCUUUCCUCUCACAACUACCAGAAUCAGUGAAGACUGCACCACACCACCCAAGUAGCUCUAACUCAUUGUUCCAAGACUGCAUGUGUGUGACAUUUGAUGUUAAUAGCCUAUUGCUUAAGGAGAUUAAUCUCUAUAUAGGAAACCAUGCUGGAAUGUUCCAAUUACCAAGAGUACCAAGUCUUGUACGUAGGACCUAUGGUUGCACCAUGUGAAAGCAUGAUCUAAGGUCAACAUACUUUCAUUCUGGUACAAAAAUCCUAUGGGUAUAUGGUAUAUCCUAGUAUGAUACCAACUACCAAGAAUUAUUAAUUAAUUUUAUCCCAUAUAAUGAACCUGUACCUUAAUUCUAAGUGUUUUCCAGCCACUCCAAGUUGAUGUUUGUUGUCUUCACUUUCAUUAGUUUAGUUACAUCAGGUAAAUAUAUUCUGGCUAUAUA